AUGACUGGUUUCAAGCAAAUCCCAUUGGCAUGGCAUCUUCCACCAGAUGGAGUUUAGUGUCUGCCACAGUGGCCAAUGGUCCAGCAGGUCUGGUAUGGGCCAGUCAACCAAAUGGAGAACUGUUUUGUUUCACCCUGGAUUCCCGUCAGUUUAGCUGUGUGAGCGUUCCUAUGGGCUGUUUGUUCACAUGCCUGAGUACCACCACUGAUGCAGUGUGGGGUUUGACUGCAGGGGGAACAGUGUACAUACGGUCUGGAAUAGGACCACACUGUCCACAGGGGGCUAGUUGGGUCCAGCUAGACCUUGACCAGCUAGGUGAUUCCAAACUAGUUAGUGUGUCGUGUGGCACAGAAAAUGUGUGGGCAGUGGACGAUAAGGGCGCUGUAUUCUUAAGGAUCGGGACAAAAGCACCAUCGUCUCAUUAUCUCAACCCAGCUUGGGUCCAAGUUGAUGGGCUAGCAACUGCUGGUGCCAUAUUUACCCAAGUGGCAACAGGACCAGAAGACUGGAUGGUAUGGGCCAUUGAUAAUAAGAAGUGUGUAUAUGUAAGGGCUGCUGUAACAUAUGAAAUGCCCAUUGGUACUCACUGGAUCCCAGUGGCAGGUACCCAGGCUCAGCAGUUGAGUGUGAGCAGCACCACUGUCUGGGCACUGAACCCACAGAGAGAGAUUCUCUGUAGAUAUGGCAUCAGCAAGCAAAACCCAGUGGGUGAUUACUGGAAAAAAAUACCCGGAAAUUACCAGAAUAUUUCAGCUUCUGCCAAUAACCAGUUGUGGGGUAUAACAAAAGAUGGUGGACUCUUUGAACAUAAAAGCAAGUAUCUGAAAAGGAGGGAAUUUGUUGAGGAAAGCCUUUCAAAAAUUGGUAGAAGCACGAGUGCUAACAGUGAUGGUGAUUGGGAACUAUUGUAAAACAAGGCAUUUUUCAUACCAUGCAUUUAUUUGUAAUACCCAGUAGAUGUAGAUUAAAUACCGGGGUAUGUUGAUAAUGUUUGAUAUUGUUGCAUUGCAACUUUGGCAUUGAUUUAUGGAAAUACACAAAUUUUAAGGAAAAUUCUGAAAAUUCUAAGUUGGAAGAUUAAUCAAAAAGAAAAUUAUGCAAAGGUAUUCUUUAGAACUUGGUGUACUCUUAGCUCUUUACAGUUAAAACAUUACUAAGUAUAUAUGCUGACAUUCUUUUUUUUUCCAUCGACAAUUGUUCAGAAAAAAAUGGAAAAUGCUUCAUGAUAUUCACUUAUGGGUUCAGUUCAGCAAAAUGUGAUAAUUUGUGGCCUCGCCAUGAUCACUCUAGUAU